AUGGCCGCCCAACCCACCCCAGCAAGCCAAGUCAUCAGCGAGACCGCCAAAGCCGAAGGCGGACCAGACAAGGGCUCCACCUCCGCCCAGAUGCAGAGCCAGGUCGGCAAGACUCGCAACUUCGAGCAGGCCGCGCAGGAAGUCGGAGGCAAGAUGCAGGCUGAGCCGGGCAACGUGACGUCGGAGGAUGCUGCGUAUCUUAAGUCUCGCGAGGCUCGUGCGAUGGGCCAGGGCCAGCCGCCUUCGGACUCCAUCAGUGCCGAUGCUCAGCGGUUGGCUGCUGUGAAUGAGGGGGAUGCGAAGAUGCCGAGCAAAGGCCAGAUGGACCCGGCUACGCAGUCUGCGGCUGAUCGGGUUGAGAAUCUGGAGAGCGCGGCUGAGCAGGUCGCCCCAAAGAUGGCCAAUGACCCAGAGCACGUGACCAAAGACGAAGCCGACCUCCUGCACAGCCGCGAGCAGCGUGCCUUCGGUGCAACGAGCAAGGGCGGAAUUGCUAGCCAGGCCCAGAGCAUGGUGGCUGAGAACGAGAAGAAGGCGACGACUUGA